GCGCGAAAGGAGACCAUUGAGGGAGCCUGCAUCCUGUCUUUCAUUGGAGCUGCAAUUUCGGCAGGGGCGGAAAGGCUAUGGCGGUUAGUCUUGGGCAAAGUCCUCCAAGGCAUCGGAGUAUCAAUUUCCUCCAUUGUCUACCCCGUUCCCGCCAUUUUACCCCGGAAAUGGCGACCGAUGGCGCAAGCUUCUAUUGUAGCUAGAGCUGCACUCUCUUGCAUGGUCGUCCCUUUGAGCCUCGGCGGUCUCAAGAGAGACGCCCAUACUGGUUGGCGCAACUGGUUUGUACGUUUACCCUCAUACCUGGUUGGCUUUCUGUUGGGCUUUGACGCUGAUCUUGUCCCGUGGUUCCAACCUGCUCUCUGGGGAGCGUCGACAAUCACUUUUAUCGUCGGGUAUCGCCCGCCCAUGAGACAUACUCGCUAUGACAAUUAUAGCGUCUUGAAGAAGAUCGCGACUCUUGAUCUG